AUGGCACUGAAAUCAGUCAGCACUAAGGGAGGAGAAGCUAAUAUUAAAGAGCAACUCAAAAAAUUCGGACCUGUAUCUGCUGGCUUUUACGUUUAUGAAGAUUUUAACGCUUACAAGGACGGAGUUUACUAUAAUGUAAAGGGUAAAGAGCUCGGAGGGCAUGCUGUUGUUAUUACCGGAUAUGGGACUGCUACAUGUGGUGGGAAGAAAAUACCUUUUUGGAUUAUAAGAAAUUCAUGGGGUCCCAAAUGGGGAAUGGGCGGCUUCUUCUACAUGCGUCGUGGAACUAAUGAUGUGAAAUUGAAAAGCAUAUUUCUUAUGGAGGUUUUUGAAGUUUUUGGAAUAUUUGUAUAUGAAUAUUAUAAGAAAAAAUAUUUUUCAAAGUACAUAUGUAUAAUAAUUGCGGGUACACCCCAACCUACCGCGAGCCCAACCUACCGCCGAGGCUAUAACUUCAUUCAAAAUUGUCGAAUCUGA